ACUGGUCUUCUUUGCUCCCGAUGCCGGAACCUUCUCUUCGUCGUGUUCACAGUGUUCCUGGGGAUCUCACCACCGUGACUCGCAGAGUUGCCACGAGCCAUGACACAACAAUUGUUCAAGACGAGGACAAUACUGAUGGCCACUCUCAGGCAGAUGAAAUACGAGCGGCAUACAAACAGAUUGGCUCUGAGAAAGAUCGGAGACGAGAGGGAGACAAGUUGGAGCUUGGUGGGUACCUUCCCGGCCGCGAGGAGCGGACAUGGCAGGACAAUAUCGUCACAUGGGACUCACCAGACGAUCCUCAAAAUCCGCAGAACUGGUCGUCUAGCUACAAAAUAUUGGUCACUAUACUCUAUGGAUCAAUCACAAUGUGUUCCUCCUUUUCGAGUAGCAUCUUUGGAUCUGGCUCGAGCGGGAUCAUUCGAGAGUACGGUAUCUCAUCCGAGGUUGCUGUCCUGGGAACUAGUCUUUUUAUCCUCGGCUACGUGCCCGGACCAAUCGUGUUCGCCCCACUGUCCGAGCUCUAUGGACGGCGUCUCGCUGUCCUUAUCCCAAUGUUCAUCUUCACUUGCUUCUCCGCCGCUACGGCAACAGCAAAGGACGUGCAAACUAUAUACAUUACUCGUUUUUUCGGUGGAUUAAUGGCUAGUGCACCCGUUGUCAACGUCGGUGGAGGGCUUGCGGAUAUGUUCAAUCAAAGGCAGCGUGCCGGCGCAGUCGUCCUUUAUGCCUUGACUGUCGUCGGAGGACCUUUAGUCGGCCCCAUUAUAGGCAGCGCUGUCUCAAAUCAUCCUUCUCUAGGAUGGCGGUGGUGCGAAUACCUCGUAGUCAUUCUCACUGGAACCAUCAUCUCUAUAAACGCGGUUUUCCUCCCAGAGACCUACGGUCCGGCACUGCUCUCUGCUAAAGCAAAAGAGCUUCGCCUUCGAACGGGUAGAUGGGAGUUGCACAGCCGCCAAGAAAUGCAAGAGUUUACCCUCGGCAGCUUUGUAGAGAAGAAUCUGACGAGACCGCUAAGAAUGCUUGCAUUGGAGCCUAUGGUCUUUGUUCUGACCCUCUACAACAGCUUCACUUACGGUAUUCUAUAUCUGUUCUUUAGUGCCAUUCCGAUUAUCUACGAAGAGGGACGGGGAUGGAAUCCAGUCGUAGGAAGUUUGCCGUUUCUGGCGGUCUUGGUCGGAUGUGUAUCUGCCGCCGGAUUUAAUAUGUGGUUUACACUUCGUGUUUUCAUCCCGCACAUGGAGAAGCACGAGGGUCGUGCCAGACCUGAGAUGCGCCUUCCCCCGAUGAUGUUAGGUGGGAUCACAUUCCCCGUCGGUUUCUUCAUACUUGGCUGGACUGCGAACCCGAACAUCCAUUGGUUCCCUGGCAUGAUCGGCCUCACACUCAUCGGAGCCUCGUUCCUGCUCAUAUUUCAGGCUGGGAUCAAUUAUCUUUUGGAUGCAUAUACGAAAUAUACAGCCAGCGCCAUAGCUGCGAACACCCUCAUGCGCAGCAUGUUCGGGGCGGGCCUUCCCCUGGUCGCCAUCCCUAUGUUCAACAGGCUUGGAGUGGCAUGGACGUGCACUUUGCUAGGGUGUAUAGCUGUGCUUCUCGCCGUGCUACCGUUCGAGGGUUCACAUUUUAACUUGUAA